CCAGAUUUGGGGGAAGUGGGGAAGCAGGAAGAACUGAAAGAGAAGAAGACUCUGUAAGAUUCAAAAACUGAACUUCCAUUGUUGAAAUCACUAGAAACUCAUUGAUGCUUGCAUCAAUUGGUCGAUCAAUGAUUCAAUAUUAAAUCGAUUUUUGUUCAAGUAAUGUCGACUUCUUGUUGAUGAAUCGAUUAUGAGCCGUUCUGCCAUCCUAAAUGAAGUUUUAAAUCUGAAUAUGGCACCAAAGAGAGGGUUUUACCCUCUCGUCCUCAUCGUCUCUCUCUCAGCUCUCUUCAUUUUCUCUCUCCACCGUUAUUCCUCCCUUCCUCUCCCCUCAUCUCCUCCCAUGACCCAAUUCCCACUUACGAACACAAAUUUGAACAUACUCCAAAACCCUAAUAUACAAACAUCGCCCAAUUUUUCUCUCACUAUCAAAGUUCUCACUUACGAUCGACUUCCGUCACUCACCCGCUGCUUACGAUCCCUUGCUGAUGCUCGUUACGAUAACGACAAUGUGAAUAUUCAUAUUUUCAUCGAUCACUUCAAGGUUUUGGAUCAAAAGGAUGAGUAUUUGGAUCAGAAACUGAACGAAUCUAGUCAGAUUCUGGAUUUUGUUGAUGGAUUUGAGUGGAGAUUUGGGGAGAAGAUGGUGCAUUACAGGACUGGGAACGUUGGGCUGCAGGCACAGUGGUUAGAAGCAUGGUGGCCUGCUUCUGAUGAUGAGUUUGCAUUUGUGGUUGAAGAUGAUAUCGAAUUGUCACCAUUGUAUUACAGAUUUCUUAGGGGUUUGAUUGUUAAUUAUUACUACAAUGCUUCAAAUUAUAGUCCAUGGAUAUAUGGAGCUUCUUUACAACGCCCAAGAUUUGUUCCAGGUAAGCAUGGGAACAAAAUACAUCUAGAUGAAGAUACACAAGUGUUCUUAUAUCAGCUAGUUGGUACGUGGGGCCAGCUUCUAUUUCCAAAACCCUGGAAGGAGUUUCGUUUAUGGUAUGACAUACACAAGACCAAGGGCAUCAAGCCAAUUCUUGAUGGAAUGGUAACAACAGGGUGGUAUAAAAAACUGGGGGACAAAAUAUGGACACCAUGGUUCAUCAAAUUCAUCCACUCCCGAACCUAUUUCAACAUCUACACUAAUUUCCCACAUGAAUCCGCUCUCAGUGUCUCUCAUAGAGACGCUGGUGUCAACUACGGGAAAACCGCGGGCCCCGAUUCCAAUCUCCUCAAAGAAACUUCCCAAAUUUCCAAAUUUGCCCCUUUGAGAAAUCUCAAAUGGUACGAUUUCUGUUUCCAAGAAGUCUCCCCCAAUAGAAUCAUAAACAAUGUCCAUGACCUCGAUCCCAUUUUAAAAUCAACACAAAAAUCAAACACUCUUAUACUUGUGAACAUUCAUCGCACAUCAAAAAUGUUCAUCAAAAACAUGUUGUGUCACUUUGAGAGGUUGAAUGUUCGGAACUAUGUAUUAGUGGGUCCCGCAUCGGAUUUUUUGUUUGAUCUUGCGAGACGCGGGCAUCCCGUGAUAAAUGUGGAUCGUUUUUUGGAUGAUUUCAAGAAAUUAAAAUUGAGUAAAGUAAAAAAUGAAGUUUUUGUAAUGGCGUAUGUGGUUAAAAAGGCGUUGGAAAUGAAUUAUGACACGUGGGUGUUGGAUCACGAUAUGAUUCCGGUCAAACCGGAGUUGUUUUUUGACUUUUUGAAACUCGGUUUGACUGUUGACUUUUAUGUCGGGGAGAGAUUUGGGAUUUUGUUUGCGAGAAGUUCGGGAUCCGGGAUUUGGACGGAUCGGUUUGUGGAUGAGAUUGCAGGGAUGGGUGGUGAGGGUAGUUUUGGGAUUUUGGUAGGGAAGUUGUUGGAGGGGAAGGGUGUAAAGUUGGAAAGGGUAAAUGAUGAGGGGGUUGAAGUAAAUGAUGGAGGAAGUUUGAUGAAGAAUGAGACGAAGGUUGUGUUUUGGAAUUCUGAUUUGGGGUUGGAUUUGGUUAGAAAUAGACUUGAAAGUUUUGGGUUGUGGAUUAUAGAUGGUGAGUGUAAUUGUAAGGCUGUUAUUUGUCACUCGUCUUAGUGAUUUUGGUGUGAUU